AUGUUUGGAAAACUAACUUCUGCCGAUUCCAGCCUCACCUCUUCUUCUGGCCACGUCCUUGUCGGUCUCCGACGUGCCAGCGGAUGGGUCGUCAACAAAAGAUCCUCCAGCGUCCCUCGUGAGAAGCAGCAGGAUGAAGACACGGUGACGACCAUCCCACAAGAGCACGAGGAAGCUCUGCAUUUCGCUGCUCCUGUUGCUCCUCGUGGACGCCACCGAUAUCCGGGAGCACGCCAAGCACAAGGCAGAUGCAUCGAGAGAAGAAGUCACUCUCAGCAGCAAGCACAAGUCACGAAAGGCGCUCGAGGCCAUCCCACAAAAAGUGUUCCAACAGAAUCUUUUGUGUCGUUUCCACUGCGGCAUAGCUGCAGCAGACAGAUUACUCCAGCUAUUUGUUGGCCUGAAGAUACGGUACACAUCGUAGACUAA